UGAAAUAAGCAUGUUUAUGAUCCUAUCCAUCUGCCUAACUUCACUUGGUCUGCCAGGGGGCCUUUCUGAAAUGACGAUUGAUUCCGCAAUGUCUGUAGCCGGAAUGAAAGGGCUCGUGGCUAUGGAGGGAUUUCUUAUCAGCCAGAUGGAGAACUACACAGCAGCCCUAAAGAAUAAAAUCGAUUUGUUGGAGAGUUUCCUGCAAGAGGUACAAUCCAAGCGGGAAAUUUCAAGGAGUAACCCACGGGAGUUCGUUGCUCAUCCUCUUAACGCAUUCUCCCUUAUUCGACGGCUGCACGAGGACUGGACCCAAUCCGAGCUAUUAAUGUUGAACCAAGUUGGCUUGGAACACCUUGAAUCUAUUAAAAACGUCUUGGACGAAGCACAGCCAACCGAUAUGGAUCUUAAUGAUGCCAUCAAUGGAAUCAUUGCACUGCAACAAUUCUACAAUCUACAGCCAGGUGACAUAGCCAAUGGACUACUUCUGGGUCAGCAAUACAAUGCCAGCUUAUCCACACUUGAUUGCCAGGCUUUGGCCAACGCGUGUAUGAAUACUAAUUUCGAUAAGUACGCUCUAAAUUGGUAUAAGACUGCUGUAGAACACUAUAAUGAUGAUCGAGAUGGCCAAGUCUACAGGGAAGUAUUUGGUUUUAAGCUGCCUGAUUUAUACAUAAAUUACACCUCAGCUUUGAUAAGUAAAGGUUUUGAGGGAACAGCAUGGAAUCUGCUACGCGACGUAUCUGAUAUAGACGCUACUCUUUGGUCGCUUCGCAAAGCCGUUUAUGAUGUACGAAAAAUUGGCAUUCCUGAUCCCACGUUUCCCAUUACACCAUGGAUCGAUGUUGCUGGUUGUCAAAGAGUUUGGCCGACCAGGCAACAUCAAAGCUGUCACUACGAAAAGAACACUUCAGAUUUCCUUAGGAUUGCUCCUCUUAAAGUGGAAACGCUAAGUGUGAAGCCGCAUAUAGUUUUGUAUCAUGAUGUAAUCUAUGACAGCGAGAUCUCAAAAGUGAAAAAUAUUUCACUGCCUUCACUAAGAAGCCCCUCGCGAAUUCUUCGCGCUGAAGACCAUAACCUAAAGCUUGCCAAAAUUCGGGAGGAUCCCCGCAGUCCUCUAAGCCUGCGAAUUAAGGACAUGACAGGAGAGGAUGUGGAAGAGGACACGGACUUGCAGAUAGAGAACUAUGGUAUCUGUGGGUUCAGGUUUUAUCAUAAUGACAACUUAGAGUCGCAGGAUCAAACGGCGAAACUGGGCGAUCGCCUAACAAGCAUUCUAUUUUUCAUGAACGAUGUGGCUCUAGGUGGUGCCUUUGUUUUUCUGAACGCAAACCUCACAAUUUUUCCACAAAAAGGUAGCGCUUUGGUUUGGAGAAACUUGGAUCAUAGUUUGCAGCCCAAGGAGGAUCUUUUGCAGCACCUGUCAUGUCCAGUUAUAGUUGGCUCAAAAUGGACCCUCGUCAAAUGGUUACACGAAAGACCUCAAAUGUUCUCCAGACCGUGUACAAAUAAUGAGGAAAUUGAAAGCGCAUAACCAAAGCAUGAAAUUAAAAGCGUUAAAUAAAUAAUUUAAACAACCUAA